ACUCACAGUUUGGUUUAUAUGUUUUUUAGAUAUUUGUCUAAAGUUUCCGAUUCAUAAAUCUCUUUAAGUUACAACAAGUACAGAUCAGUGACAAAGUAAUUAAAGACAAGAAGCACAGGUAUUUAUGCAGCAGCAACUUAUGUUGCUGACAACGAAUAAAGGUCUCUUGUUUGAUUUAACUGACUGGCUUCGGCUAACCUCCACACCACAUGCCUGCUGGACCUGCUAGCCGCUACUUCCUUGCCAGACUGCUGUUACAGUGUGUACAAUGAUUGUGCAAAAUAAACUGUCCUAUAUUUCUGAAGUUCAGGUAGAAACUGUACCUGAAUCUAUUGGUGUGGUUGUAGAUGCUUAUAUACUUCAUACCUGAUGGCAGGACCAUAAAGAGUGUAUGGGUGGGGUGGCUGGAAUCAGGGAGGAUCUGGUGGACCUUCUUCUUACAACCCUAUCUGAACAGAUCCUGGAUGGCUGGCAGUUCAGACCCAGUGAUAUGAUCUGAUCUGAUCACCUUUCAUACUUUUCUUUUUUCAUCUUUUCAAUUUCAUUUAUAUAGCGCCAAAUCACAACAACGGUCGUUGUCAAGGCGCUUUAUAUUGUACAGUAGAUCGUACAAUAAUAGAGCCAUAGAGCUUUGUGGUCCAGAGCCAUUACAACUGCCAUACCAAAUCAUGAUAGAGCCAGACAGAAUACUCUCGAUGGUGCAUCCAUAAAAGUUGGGGAGUUUUCAAGGGUCCAUGCCAAACCUCCUCAGCACACUUUUGCUGCUUUUGUGAUCACAUCCACGUGAUGACCAGAUCAGAUCUUCAAUGAUGCUGAUGCCCAGGAACCUGAAGCAUCUGACACUCUCCCCUCAAUGAAAAUGGGUAUGUGUCCUCCACCCUGCACUUUCCUGUAGUCCACAAUGAGCUCCGAGGACUUGCAUACAUUGAGCAGCAGGUUGUUGUACAAUACUAUGAUGUCAGGGCUCUCACCUCUGCUCUGUAAGCAGACUCGUCUCCAUCAAAAAUUUUGUACAAUAUCUUUUCAGGAUGAACGGCUGUAACCUCUCAGAAAGAAGCUGUGAAAGUCUGUCCUCAGUUCUUAGCUUCCAGUUCUCCAGUGUGAGAGACCUGGAUUUGAGUAACAACGACCUGCAGGAUUCAGGAGUGACACUCCUGUCAGCUGGACUGCAGAGUCCACACUGCAAACUGGAAGCUCUAAGUCUGUCAGGCUGUCUGGUUACAGAGAAAGGCUGUGAUUCCCUUACAUCAGCUGUAACCGCCAACACUACUCAUCUGAGAGUGCUGGACCUGAGCUACAAUCAUCCUGGAGAGACAGGAGUGAAUCUCCUGAAGCAGCUGACUCUGGAGACUCUCAGGGUGGAGCCUGCUGGAGUCCAAUGGUUGAGACCAGGUCUGAGGAAGUGUAAGUGUGUUUUUAAUGUGAUUCAUGAAAAUAAAGCAGCACACAUUCAACCAUCUUCAAACUGUCACAUCACUCAUUCACAUCUCUGA